UGACGUCAGAUCACACAGUUCUCCUCCUCACACCGGUGCGGCCAGUUAUCUCAAGGCGCACUGUUCUUUAACCAUAUUAUUAUUAACGUUUAAAUACAAAUCGUCUUCUUUUCUCAUCUUUUUUCUUUUCCUUUUUGGUAACCCAACAUCAUCAAAGCUGAAGUUCUUUUAGAAAAGGCCGUGUUUCUACACCCCCACCCUUUCACUCAUUCUUUUUGAGGAUCUUUCAUUGUCAAGCCGCCAAAGUGGAGAGUGUGAUUGCAGAGGGGGGUGCUUCUCGUUUCAGUGCUUCUUCGGCCGGAGGAGGAGGUAGGGGUGCACCUCAGCACUAUCCCAAGUCUGUCGGCAACAGCGAGUUCCUGGGGAAAACCCCAGGGCUUAGCGUUCAGAGAUGGGUUCCUUCACGAAGCACUAGACGAGAUGUCAACUCCUCCAACGAAAAAGAACGACACGAUGCAAUCUUCAGAAAAGUGAGAGGCAUACUUAAUAAACUGACCCCUGAAAAGUUUGACAAGCUAUGCCUUGAGCUCCUGAAUGUGGGCGUAGAUUCAAAGCUCGUCCUCAAAGGAAUCAUCUUGCUGAUUGUAGACAAAGCCCUCGAAGAGCCAAAGUAUAGUUCGCUAUAUGCUCAGCUAUGUCUGCGUCUGGCAGAGGAUGCUCCAAACUUUGACGGCCCAUCAACCGAGAUCCAAACAUCACAAAAACAGAGCACUACAUUCAGGAGACUUCUGAUUUCCAAACUUCAAGAUGAAUUUGAAAACCGCACCAGAAAUGUUGACAUCUAUGAUAAAAACGACACCCCUCUCACCUCUGAGGAGGAGGAGCAGCGCGCCAUCGCCAAGAUCAAAAUGCUUGGCAACAUCAAAUUCAUCGGAGAACUUGGCAAACUCGAUCUCAUUCAUGAGUCUAUCCUUCAUAAAUGCAUCAAAACACUUCUGGAAAAGAAGAAAAGAGUCCAACUUAAGGAUAUGGGGGAGGAUUUGGAGUGCCUCUGUCAGAUAAUGAGAACUGUGGGGCCAAGACUAGAUCAUGACAAGGCCAAGUCUUUAAUGGAUCAGUACUUUGGCCGUAUGCGAUCCUUAAUGAACAACAAGGACUUGCCUGCUAGGAUUCGUUUCCUGCUUCAGGAUACUGUGGAGUUGCGAGAGAACAACUGGGUGCCUCGGAAAGCUUUCAUUGAUAAUGGACCUAAGACUAUCAACCAGAUCCGUCAGGAUGCUGUAAAGGAUUUGGGUGUUUUUAUUCCACAGAUGACUCAAGGAAUAAGAACGGACUUUUUUCAAGAAAGCCAUUUCUUGCAGACGAGAAUAAAGCCUGAUCGAGAGACUCUUGGGGGAUUAGCGGAUAUGUUUGGGCAGAUGCCAGGUGGUGGGAUUGGAACUGGCCCCGGGGUCAUUCAGGACAGGUAUUCCCCCACCAUGGGCCGUCGCACAAACCCUCUUUUCAAUGGGCAUGGUGGUCACAUGGCCCCUGCACCCCAGCCUUUCUUGAAAUCCAACCAGGGGCAGAAUCCGCUUUUCCAGAACCAGACUCAUUCAUCUCAACAGCAAGUUCAGUCCAAGGAUAUGCCACCACGUUUCAUUAAGAAAGGACAGCUGAAUGCUGAUGAGAUUAGCUUGAGGCCUGCUCAGUCAUUCAUCUUGAACAAAAACCAAAUGCCAAAGUUGCAGCCGCAGAUACCUACCAUGAUUCCUCCUAGUGCUCAACCUCCACGCACAUCCACACCUCCUCUGGGACAGCCACCGCAACUUGGCCUGAAAACCAACCCGCCUCCAAUUCAGGAGAAGCCACAGAAGACGACCAAGAAGCCACCUCCUGCUGAGGAACUGCUUAAGAUGACUGAAGCUGUUGUGACCACUUACCUGAGCAGCAAAAACAUGAACGACGCGGUGAACGGUGUGCGAGAGAUGAGAGCUCCCAAGCACUUCCUGCCUGAGAUGUUGAGUAAGAUGAUCAUGUGCUCACUGGAGAACCCAGAUGAGGACCGAGAGCAUGUCAGCACUCUGAUCAACACGCUCCGCAUGGAGGGACUGGUCACAGGGGAGAACUUUAUGCAGGCUUUCCUCAAUGUUCUGGACCAGUGUCCUAAGAUCGAGUUGGAUGUCCCCUUGGUGAAAUCUUACCUGGCUCAAUUUGCCGCCCGGGCGAUCAUCGCUGAACUCGUGAGCAUGGCAGAGUUGGCCCACCCACUGGAGAACGGAACCCACUUCCCGCUUUUCCUCCUCUGCUUGCAGCAAAUGGCCAAGCUGAAAGAUCGGGAGUGGUUGACCGACCUGUUUCAACUGAGCAAGGUCAACAUGCAGAAGAUGCUGCCAGAAAUCGAUCAAAACAAAGAUCGCAUGUUGGAGAUUCUGGAGGGGAAGAGCCUGAGCUUCUUGUUCCCUCUCAUGAAGCUGGAGAAGGAGUUGCUGAAGCAGAUCAAAGCCGACCCUGCCCCGCAAACCAUCUACAAGUGGAUCAAGGACAACAUUUCUCUGAAACUGCACACUGAUAAGGGUUUCGUUAACAUUCUGAUGACCAGCUUUUUGCAGUACAUCUUCCAUGAGAUGUAUUCCACUGAAGAAGAAGAGCAGUUAUCUUCACCUACGAAAGAGCAGCUGGACCAGGAGAAGCAGCUGCUACUUGCCUUCAAACCGGUGAUGCAAAAAUUCUUGCAUGAUCAUGUGGACCUGCAAGUCAGCGCACUCUAUGCCCUGCAAGUCCACUGCAACGCCCACGCUUUCCCUAAAGGAAUGUUACUGCGCUACUUUGUCAACUUUUAUGAUAUGGAGAUAAUUGAAGAAGAGGCCUUCCUAGCAUGGAAAGAAGAUAUUACCCAGGAGUUUCCAGGGAAAGGAAAAGCAUUGUUUCAGGUCAACCAGUGGCUCACUUGGCUGGAGACCGCAGAAGAGGAAGAGUCUGAAGAGGAAGCUGACUAAAGAACCAGCCAAAGCCUUGAUGUGCGUCAUCUCUCCCGUUUAGUUUCACCAUCUCCUCUUUCACUUGUAUUAACCGCCGCACUGCUGUUUUCUGCAGUGUCAAGCCAACGUAUUACGUCACGCUUCUCUUUGACCUCAUCGUGUAAAGCAUGCAAUGACUAAGAACCACCUCGGAUAAAUGGUAUUAACAGCUUUUUUAUAUAUAUAUACAUUUUGCUUUUAAGAACAUGCAUUUGCAAGAGCCUUUUCAGCACAAAAAUAUAGAAAUGCACUUUUGCUCAGUGUCAUAUUUUGAGUUACUGCAAUAUUCACUUGUGUUUGUUACAAAGAAUCCUCAGUCCUCAUUGGUUACCAUCAAUGCUUUGUUUAUACCUCACUGUAGUGGGCGUAAUAUGCGGUGUGUGUUGGAGUCAAAUGAAAACUCUCCAGGUCUGCAAGGUGCUUGAGUCUGAAAAAUUGUUUACUCUCCAGGUGUUAUGAUUGUAAAAUGUCAUGUUUUUUUUUGUCCCCUUCCCUCGAUGUCUUAUAAUAAUGAACAAAGCCAUGUGGGAGAGAUGAAAUUAUGCGGCCUUUUUUUAAAUCGUGUUUUUUUUUCCUCAACAAUGUUCGUCCCCUCCACUACUUGUCAAGCUGAUACUUGAAUUAUUAUUAUUUUUCUUUACAGCAUGUUCAGGGAUUACCAAACACAGCCUGUUUAGAUGCGACAAUUUGAUCCGAACAGAAAUGUGUCUUUUUUUUUUUUUUAAUGUGUUUUAAUUGGUAAAAUAAAGAUGAAACAAGAUGAGAAAUUUGUUACGGAUGUUCAAUUUACGAAUCGCUAUUUAACAACCUAAUGUUUUCCCAUGAUGUCUAUGGAUAGUAUACAUAUUUAUUUGAUCAUGAGGGGGAAGUCGAAGCUUUAUCGUUAGGUAGGACAACAAAUGGUGACCCGCUCGUGGCAUCUGUACAAUGAUUUGCUGUUUCAAGUGUUACUGUAAAGGUGCAAGAGCUCAGAAUGUUCAAUGUACCACUGUUGCUUUCAAUAAAGUUACACACCAGCGUUUAUUUGGCCUUAUUUUAAUGUGUGUUUGGGCGUGGAUAUGUGGAACAAUGAACUUUUGUCAUCAACUGAAGGUCAAAAAAAAUAAUUGGUGACUUGGAAGUGGAAAAUGCAUUUUACUUUUGUUCUGGGUGAAAGUUAUGAGGAUAAAUAUUACGUUUAUAAGUGAUAUCGCUACUGGCCUCAAUGUUCAGUUCAUAUUCAUGUGCUCAAUUCCAGAGCUUUUGAACACAGUUCUGCGUUUACCCGAAUAUCAACUGAAUUCAUACUGUCACGACUUUUGUAAUCUGAAAAUGUAUGUUUCUGUAUUCAGGAGUGACCUAUAAACAAUGCUUGGAAUCCCUAAUUGGAAAUGCAAUGUAAGAUGAUGUUAUGGUUGCAAGUCUAUAUGAGACGACCCAUAAAUAAUGCUUUAUGUACGUUUUCUAAAGAUGUUCAUUUUUAUCUUGUUUUUCUGUAGUUCUUAUGUAUCUUUCUCAUUUGUAUUGUGCAAUGCUUUUAAUAGUUAGGCUAUUAUUGUAUUAUUGAUGCCAUGUUGGAAACAUUUUCUAAUAAAGUAUGAGGGGGAAAAGGCA